AACUCCUAAUUCAUCUCUCUUUAAGUUCAAAUUUCCUAAAUGGGACACUCCCAUCUUGGUUAUUCAGUUUGACCUCUUUGAGGUUGUUAACUCUUGAUCAUAAUCAAUUUAUUGGUGAGAUUGGAGAAUUCAAGUAUAAUAAUUCCUUGGUGACAUUUGAUUUGAGCUAUAAUAUGCUACAUGGCUCUAUUCCUAGCUCAAUAUCUAGACUUGUGAACCUUAUUUCUCUAGAUCUCUCAUCAAAUAACCUACAUGGCUCUAUUCCUAGCUCAAUAUCUAGACUUGUGAACCUUACUUCUCUAUCUCUCUCAUCAAAUAACCUGAGUAUUAUGUUUGACUUAGAAAUGUUCUCAAAGCUCAAAAAUCUCAUUGUUGUCAAUUUUUCAUAUAACAAUUUAUUCGUCAGCAUCAACAACAAUCUAACAUUUACCUUGCCCAAUCUGAAUGAAUUGUACUUGUCUUCUUGCAACAUUAGUGAAUUCCCAAUUUUCCUAAGAACAACUAUAAAUUUACGAUACUUAAACCUUUCCAAUAACAGAAUUCAUGGUCAAACUCCAAAAUGGUUGGGAGCUGUGGGGAGGAAUUCAUUACAAUUUCUGGAUCUUUCUCACAACUUUUUGACAAGUAUAGACAAGAUUCCUUGGAAGAACCUAGAUACUGUUGAUCUUCGUAACAACUUGCUUCAAGGACCAUUCCCCACGUUAAAUGCUCUUAACCUCAAUUAUCUCUUUGCCUCCAAUAACAAUAUAACUGGGGAAAUUCCUUCUAUAAUUUGCAAUGCAAGUUCCCUUGAAGUUCUAGAUUUGUCUCAUAACAACUUUAGUGGCACAAUUCCAAAGUGUUUAGUACUCUCUAAUGUACUCUCAGUGUUGGAUUUGCGAAUGAAUAGCCUUAAUGGUUCCAUACCUGCAACAUUUUCAGAGGGAAACAAAUUGAGAAGUAUUAACCUUAAUGGCAAUCAAUUGGAAGGGCCAUUGCCACGAUCUUUGGAAACUUCAACAAACUUAGAAGUUCUAGAUCUUGGAAACAAUAAGAUAAAUGGCACCUUCCCCUAUUGGUUGGGAAGUAUUCUAGUACUGCAGGUUCUAGUCAUUAGAUCAAAUAAAUUUCGAGGUCGUAUAGGCAAUCCUAAGACCCAAUUUCCUUUCCUAAAUUUGCGAAUCCUAGACAUCUCUAACAAUAAGUUUAAUGGUCCUUUGCCAAGAAAAUAUUUCAAAUAUUUGAAAGCCAUGAUGAAUGCGGAUGAAGGAGAAGUUGCGUUGAAAUAUAUAGGAGAUAAUUAUUAUUAUGAUUCUUUGAAUGUGAUGAUGAAAGGGUCGUAUAUUGAGUUGGUAAGAAUCCAAACUGUCUUUACAACCAUUGAUUUUUCAAACAAUAGAUUCAUAGGGGAUAUUCCACAAAUAAUUGGAAGCCUUAAUUCACUCAAGGGUCUCAACUUUUCUCACAAUAACCUUACAGGUUGUAUUCCAUCGUCGUUUGGAAAUUUGACUAAUCUUGAAUGGUUAGACCUCUCUUUCAACAAGCUCGGAGGGGAGAUUCCCAAGCAAUUGGUAGAUAUUCCGUGGCUUGCAGAUUUAAAGCUAUCACAUAAUCAGCUUGCAGGACAAAUACCUUUAGGGAAGCAAUUCAAUACAUUCGACAAUGAUUCAUACACCAAUAACUUGGGAUUAUGUGGAUUUCCGUUGACAAGAGCAUGCAACAACCAUGAGACAAAGCAACCACCACCAUCAACCUUGCAACAAGAAGACAACUUAGAGCCUAAAAAUGGGUUUGGUUGGCGAGCUGUAUCAAUAGGUUAUGGAUGUGGAGUCAUAUUUGGAACAUUAAUGGGGUAUCUUAUGUUUAAAAUUGGAAAACCAAAGUGGAUUGUGAGGAUGGUCAAACUAGAGCAACAUAUCUUGCUCAAAAGGUUGAAGAAUAAUGCCCGCAGAAGUGGUGGAAGAAAAUAACAAGUCAAAACAAUGUGGAAAUCACUUUGAUUUGAUGAAAAGGCUAGGAGUCCAAGUAGAAUGCAUCUGUUGUAGGUUUUUUCAUUUCCAGAUCAUGGAAUUUUUUCAACCAUGGAGGAAAUUACGGACAAGUUGGAAUCUGGCUCCAGGGCAAAAGAAAAAACAUACUUCUAAUUUGACUCAGACGGAAAAGCCUAGCAAAAAAUGGGGCUUUCCUCCAACUCCUUCCAUGUGUUAGAAUUGAGAUAAAGAUGAAGCUUCCCUUUCCACUUGCCAUCUUCAUCAUCCUUAUUCACUCCCAUCUUCCUCAUUUUUCAAACAAUGGAAAUAGCACAUAAUGGUGAUUUGGGAGAAUAUUACCCUUCUUUCAUGGUUCCCAAAGACACAGGACACCAUUCAUUGCCAAGCUGGUUGGUGUUGUCACUGUUGAAAUAAUUGUUUCUACUUUGCUUAGCAUCAAAUGCCCAGUAAUGUGCAAGGUUGAUGCCUUUGAUGUUUCGGAAAAUAUCAAUAACCUUUGUGCUCUUGAAUAGUUCAAGACCUCUGUGUAGAUACUUGGGAGCAAAUCAAGACCAAAUAUACUGAAAUGAAGAUCUAGAAAUUAAUCCAGCAUUCAUAUAGUAUUCCUAGCAUUCCACUUGUUGCUGACUUGCUUUGAGAAAUUGACUUUCUACUCGAGACAAGCUGUUAAAAGGGUUAUCAAGGUGACGUGUUGUGUCUUCUACAAGACCUGUCUUGAGAGUGGUGAUCACUUGUUCUUUGAGUAUCAUUUUCCAAAGAGGUUAAGGGAGCAAGUUAAGUCAUGAUGUCUAAUAAAAUCCAAGUUUCAACUUCAACACUUAAGAGUAAUAUGUUGGAUUGUAAAGCAAAAAAAUGCAGAGCUGCCAAUGCAACAGAUUAAUGUCAAAGUCAUCAAGAUGCUACUCUGCUGUUGCUAAUAGGGUGCUGUUUUGGCUAGUGUGGCUUUGAAGAACAGAGGGAAGUGUACUGUCGACUGCCUUAGUGGAAUUAUAUCGUUGUUGGUCGUGUUGGAGCUAGAAUUUAUCAUGAUAUAUGCUUCACUAAACUUGCUGCAUUCAUGUCAAGAUUUGGAUCCCCUCUAUAGGACUCACAAUCGCAUUGGAUUCUUGCUUAUCACGAGUGUAGACUAUGUUGGGAUUAUACAAAGCUAUUGAUUGACUCUCAUUGCUAGGCUACAGAAUUUAAACUGAGGGUGAUAUACUGGAAUAAACUGUUCAGCUGGGUUAGAUGUGAUUUGCCGGCCUUAAAUUCCUUUUCAGACUUGGUUGAGCUGGUUGGGCAACGAAAGCAGAAAUUUGACCUGUUUGCAGUAGUAGCCUGGUAUGUUUGGCAGCGAAGAAAUAAAUUGAGAGCAAAUGAAUCAAUUAUCCCUCUUCAAGAUGCUUUGAUCUCAGCAGCUCAACUCCUGACAAAUUUCCAAAAGAGAAGACUAGUCAUUUCAUCUUAAAGCCCGAUGUCAGAUUCUAAGUGGAAGCCUCCAGAUAAGGAUGAGUUUAGAACCAACUACAAUGGAGCAGUUUUUCAGGAGACUAAUGAAGCAAGUAUUGGUGUGGUGAUCUGAAACAAUGAAGGUGAAGUUUUGGGGGCUUUGUCCGAGAAGAUAGCCCUGCCUGGGUCAGUUGUAAUGGUGGAAAUGCUUGAGGCUAGGAGUGCGGUCCACUUUGCUCUUGAAAUUGGAAUUGCUCACUCAGUCUUUUUGAAGGGGACUCUGAGAUUAUUGACAAGGCUCUCUCUACUGACGUUAGUCCCCUUUCGUCCUUUGAACACAUAGUUGAAGACACUGUCUAUUGCUAGUUCACUUGUGAACUUUUCCUUCUCUCACACUAGAAGGCCGGGUAACUCUGUUGCUCAUGCCUUAACUAGGAGAGCUAGGCUUUCUUGUCCUUUGUUAGUUUGGAUGGAGUCUAUUCCUCUGUUAUGUCUCAAGAUCACGUGGAACCAAAUGGGAAUCACGUGCAGUGAAGUGGUGAAAUUGCAAAAAGUGGCUAGAGAUAAGAAUUAUAAGAAGAUAAGGAUAUUGCCUCAAGAUUAGUUAUUUGCAGCAGAUUAGUAUCGUUUGAAUUAUUGUUAAUUGUUAUUUGAAUUAUGAUUUAGUUAUCUCUUGUAUUUGAAUUCCAAUCCAUCUUGUAUUUAAGAGUAUUAAGUGAAAUAAGAGGCAAGCAGAAUUUUAA